UCCAUCUGGCCGACUAGGGUUGAGAAAUUCUCGACAAUCUUCCAGAGACGAGGUUGUGGCUGCUGAUUGCUUUCUUCAGAGAUCGAAGUCAAGGCAAUCUCAUUUACCAACCGAGAGCCCUUCCUCUCUUUCUGUUAGCUAAUUAAAACAUUUCCAGAAACAGCCAUCACAAGGUACAGUCAUUUCCUUAAAGCCAUUGCAUCACUGUUCCAUUGGCCUUUGGACUUGAGUUAUGUCAACAGCCGCCUUGAUUACUUUGGUCAGAAGAGGCGGGGACCAGGUGAGGAGGAGAGUGUUGCUAAGCUCCCGUCUGCUGCAGGAGGACAGGCGGGUGACCCCCGCGUGCCCCAGCUCCACCUCCGAGCCCAGAUAUUCUCGCUUUGAUUCCGACGGGAGUGGGCGGCCAGCCACCUGGGACAAUUUUGGGAUCUGGGAUAACCGCAUCGAUGAGCCAAUCCUGCUGCCACCCAGCAUUAAGUAUGGCAAGCCAAUUCCCAAAAUCAGCCUGGAAAACGUGGGCUGUGCCUCCCACAUUGGCAAAAGGAAAGAAAAUGAAGAUCGCUUCGGCUUGGCUGAGCUGACAGAGGAGAUCCUGUAUUUCGCGGUUUAUGACGGACACGGGGGACCCGCGGCGGCCGAUUUCUGCCACACCCACAUGCAGACAUGUGUUAGGGAUUUGCUUUCUAAGGAGAAGAACUUGGAAGCCGUGCUGACCUUGGCUUUUCUAGAAAUAGAUAAAGCCUUUGCCAGUCAAGCCCAGCUCUCUGCAGAUGCGACCCUUCUGACCUCCGGGACUACUGCUACAGUAGCCCUGUUGCGAGAUGGUAUUGAACUGGUUGUAGCCAGUGUUGGGGACAGCCGAGCUCUUUUGUGUAGAAAAGGAAAACCUAUGAAGCUGACCAUUGACCAUACUCCAGAGAGAAAAGAUGAAAAAGAAAGGAUUAAGAAGUGUGGAGGCUUUGUGGCAUGGAAUAGUUUGGGACAGCCUCAUGUGAAUGGCAGGCUUGCGAUGACAAGGAGCAUUGGAGACUUGGAUCUUAAAGCCAGUGGUGUGAUUGCAGAGCCUGAAACAAAGAGAAUCAAGCUCCAUCAUGCUGAGGACAGCUUCCUGGUCCUCACCACCGAUGGAAUUAACUUCAUGGUGAAUAGUCAGGAGAUUUGUGACUUUGUCAAUCAGUGCCAUGAUCCUAAUGAAGCAGCCCACGUGGUGACAGAGCAGGCCAUCCAGUACGGUACUGAGGACAACAGUACAGCAGUAGUUGUGCCUUUUGGUGCCUGGGGAAAAUACAAGAACUCUGAAGUCAAUUUCUCCUUUAGCAGAAGCUUUGCCUCCAGUGGACGCUGGGCCUGAUGGCUGGCUGGUAUGGGCCUGUGUGAUUGCUGCUGAUUGUGUCAAGAAACAGAAGAUCAAAAUAGUCACCCAGGAGUCCCUUGGACUCUAGAUAGUUGUACAGUCACUGUAAAGUUAACCAUCUACAUCAUUGUGUGUUCAUAAAUACUCAUUACAGCUAUGUAUAAACCUUAAUAUAAACACCAUGGAAUGAAAUGUGCAGAGACUGGGAGUCUCUAAACUAAGCGGGCAAAUGAAAAAAUAUGUUUGUAUGUUUGAGUGUAAAGUGUGAGUGCCUGUUGCUAGUGAUUGAACCCAGAGCGUUGUGCAUAGUUUUCUAAUUUUUAUGACUCUUGGGCAGCCGUAGUGUUUUGUGAUCAUUUUUUAUUCUCUGUUCAGUUGAACAGGUUCUUCAAGUUUUUCUGAAUUUUGACAGUCUAUACUAUUUGCAAAUAUAAUAUUGGCAAGGGUUUUUUUUUUGUUUUCUGUAUCAUUUUUGUUUUUGGCUUUUUUGUGCCAGAACUGGUGUUUCAAUUCAAAGCUAGGGCACUCUCCCUUAGCUUUUUCUACUCAAGACUGGCACUUUAUCACUUUAGCCACACCUCCCCUUUAUUUCUUUGAUCACUAGUUGGAUAUAAGAGUCUCAUGCUCUUUUCUGCCCAGGGCUGGUUCCUUUGAUCUCCUUUGAGUAGCAAAGAUGUGAACCACCAGCAUGUGACUGCACAUGUUUAUAAUAAUUGCACCAAGGAGUAAAUGUGAAAAGUAGGUUCCCUGUUAUCAUAUUUUGUACUCUGGAACAAUUGAAUAUAAAUGUAACAAUGCAAAAGAAACGUAUUCAGAAAAUAUGACAUAGCUAAAUUCUGCACAUAUUUAUAAACAGAGCCCUUGUGUAUUUCAAAUGUCACUACCCCCUCCCAGUUCAUUCCUAUUUUUCUGUACUUAAAUGUGCUAUGUAUAUGUGACGCUUUCCUUUUUCUUUCUUUCCUUCUUUUCUUUCUUUUCCUUUCUUUCUUUCCUUCUUUCUUUCUUUCUUUCU